GUUUUUCACUCCUAAAAGGUCAUUCCAAAUAAGAGAGAGAAAAAGAAGAGGCGGCGUCACAGAAGAGAGGGAAAGUAAAGUAAGGAUCAAUGGCAGUUCCAGGGAGGCGCAAUGGCAUGAACGACGACGAAGAAGACUUAGACGACAACGCUCUUUUCGAAGAAGAAGGUCUCCUCGAACUCGAACUCGAAAACGACAGCGACACGCCUCCUCAUCUCCGUGACCUCUCCGCUGCCGCUCAGCUCGGGGACCUCCACGCCCUCCGCCUCGCUCUAGAUAACUUGAAUGGCAGUAUCGAUGAGCCUGUGGAGGACGGUGAUACAGCUCUUCAUUUAACAUGUUUAUAUGGCCAUUUGGCGUGUGUUCAGCUGUUGCUAGAAAGAGGAGCGAACAUGGAGGUUAACGAUGAAGAUGGUGCAAUUCCUUUGCACGAUGCUUGUGCUGGAGGAUUUAUCGAGAUAGUUCAACUGUUUCUUAACAGAGCUAAUGAUGCAGAACAUAUAAAAAGAAUGCUAGAAUCAGUUGAUUCUGAGGGUGAUACUCCUCUCCAUCACGCCGCAAGGGGUGAGCAUGUUGAUGUAAUUAGGUUGUUGCUGUCUAAUGGGGCGUCUUUGACAAAGGCAAACUUGUAUGGAAAGACCCCGGCAGACUUACCUGAUCAGGACACGGAUGCUAAGAGGCUGCUCGAAGCUGCCGCUACUGCCAUGGCAUGUUAAUGGCGUUAGCAUGUUGGUUAGUAAAAAGAUUUAGAUUCAUUUUGGCACAGACGUUACACUUUUUGGACCAUACAAUUUGUAUUACAUUGCACUCUGUUUUCGAAGUUCAAAAGUGAUUUAUUGGAGGAACACCUUUGUGAAUUUUAACUUUGGAGAGAUAAAAUCGAGGAUUCCCGGAUCGAGUUAUUUAUAGUGGAGACCUUGUUUGCUUACACUAGUUUGCAUUACAUAUAUUUGCUCUUCAACAUGUCACUGAACUGAACUAAGACUGGAUAGUUAUACUUCUCGUUUAAUUGGUUUCUUAAGCAUAAUUUUGAAGGUUGUCCUUUAAUUAUAUCAUAGUCUUAAGUUUGGUUAUCAUUUAUUGUUAUUAUGUUCAAUUAAAUUCGAGUAAUAUAUAAUCAGGGCGGUGUUUGUAAUUUUUU